UUGUACCUGGAUCUUCCUUCAGCUACGAUCCACACGGGAGCGCUGUGUUCACAAGAAAUGCGGCGUUUGCCUGCCACAUCAUUUUCGCUUCACGUUGCUGUUUCUGAUGGAAACGCGGUAGAUUGGAAGUGGAACUCACAGAUAGAACAAGGAAGGAGCUAUAAAUAUAUUUGAUGACCUGGCAAGUCUGACCAUUUUUAGUCGAGGGAGGUGACAAUUGGAUUCUGAAUCGUGACCCCGUCUCGUCUAACUGGAAUUUUCUAUGGCUGCCCCUGUCUUGCAACAGUCCAGUUUCCUUCUGGCCAACCUGAAAGUUGACUUGACCACCAAGCCUUUUCUCCAGCGUUGCCAGGAAAUGGUCAAGGUCAUUGAUGACUACCCUGUGAAGGAGCUGCACCUGAUCUUCCCAUGGCUGGUAGAGAGUGUUUUUGGCAGUCUGGAUGGUGUCAUCGUGGGCUGGAACCUGCGAUUUCUGCAGGCAUGCAGCAAUGAGUACAACAUCGUCAUGGACUUUCUCAAUCCUAGUGGUCCAAUGAUGAAGCUUGUGUACAAGCUUCAAGCAGAGGAGUACAAAUAUGAAAUACCAGUCAGCUUUCUCCCUGGUCCUGUAAAGGCGUCCAUACAGGAAGGCGUCCUCCCAGAUUGCCCACUUUUUCACAACAAGCUGCAUUUUCCUCUGCCUGGUCUGCAGACACUCAGCCUGGCGCUCAAUCCCUUUGAAUAUUACAUGUUCAUGUUUGCCUCCAGUCUCAUCACACCAAAGAACUACCCUCUAGGCCAGCAUGUGAGCAGCUUGGACAGUGCAUACUUUGUGCUGGUGGACACCUACCUCAAGUAUUUCCUCCCUACAGAGGGCAGUGUUCCCCCCUCUCCAUUCACAGACAACAGAGGCUCUGUGUCUCCACCUGCUCCCAGGGCUCCCAGCGUGCCUUUUGCAGGUUAUGGUGUCCACAGCACCAGCCUCCUCAAGCGCCACAUAUCCCAUCAGCCCUCAGUCACUGCUGACCCUGCAGCCCAGGAGAUCUGGAGGUCAGAGGCAUUACUACAGGUGUUUGUGGAGAUGUGGCUGCAUCACUACUCCCUGGAGAUGUACCAGAAGCUGCAGUCCCCCCAGGUGAAGCUGGCGCUGCUGCAGUAUCGCCUCAGUAUGUCCAGCAUGCCGUGCCAACCCCUGACCCCUCCUGGCUCUGGGACCUUCGACACGUACCAAGAGCCCUUCACCCCGACAGAGGAGCAUGUUCUGGUGGUUCGUCUCCUGGUGAAGCACCUCCAUGCCUUCUCCUGCAGCCUGAAGCCUGAGCAGGUCUCCUCCUCGCCCUCGGCUCACUCCCACCCCAGCCCCCUGGAGGAGUUGAAGAGGGUGGUUGUCCAGCGUUUUGUCCAGCAGAAGCUAUAUGUGUUCCUCCAGCACUGCUUUGGUCACUGGCCUUUAGAUGCCUCCUUCAGAGUGGUGUUAGAGAUGUGGCUUAGCUACAUCCAGCCAUGGAGGUACACAGGAGAGAAGACCAAUCCUCAGACACACCAGAACAAAGGUGUACCUGAGAAAUGGAGCUCGUUUGUUCAGGAGAACCUACUCAUGUACACCAACCUCUUUCAGGGCUUCCUAAACAGGGUGGUACGCACAGACCUGGUCAAUGUAAAAAAUGCACUAAUGGUCUUCAGGGUGGCCAAAGUCUUCGCUCAGCCAAACCUAUCAGAGAUGAUUCAGAAAGGAGAGCAGCUGUUUCUGGAGCCGGAGCACGUCCUCCACCACCGGCAGCACCGGGGCUUCCUCACGCCGGGCCACGGUGGCAGCUUUCUAUCUGCACGGCAGCCUGUGGUGACAGACUGGGUGUUCAAGGUGAAGAGCCACGUGUACGGCCUGGAGGGACCGGACUGUCAGUACAAACAGAUGUUUGGCACGGAGCUGAGGGGCGCGUCUGUUUCUUUUACGCCUGCUACGGAAGAGACAGAAGAAUGCGCGAUCAUGAGGGGAUAUAGAGUGCAGCUGUUGCUUCGUGAGGUCUUAAAGCUUAUUCGGAUCAUCGCCCAGGCAAGGCAGACCGCUGAGAGGAUAUCAGAUCAGUCAGCUGAGGUGGCGGCCAGCAACUCCUUCAUGUCCUGGUUUGGAAUGGGCUCCCCCGACCUCAACUAUACCUUCAAUGGAGGAGAGGUGGAUGACACCGGGGAGUGUGUCAAGAAGACCCACGAGUUUCUGGAGAGGUCACUGGACUACCUCUGUCAGAUAUUUCGGCUGAAUGCAGGACAGCUGUCUCAGCUGAUGGCUACCCUGGGCUCUGGUCAGGACGAUGGGAACUCCAAGCAGCUACCAGACUCUGUUCAAGGGGAGAAUGGACUCAUCCUCACAGACCUGGGCCGGAUGCAGGUCAUCAAUGGACUGCGUAGAUUUGAGAUAGAGUACCAAGGGGACCCGGAGCUUCAGCCCAUCAGGAGCUAUGAGAACGCCAUCCUGGUCAGACUGUUCUUCAAGAUCUCAUCUCUGGUAAAUGAGAGGUUCGGAGGUCACAUGGAUGCUCUGUGCUCGCGGCCGGACUCCCUGGGCCAAUUGGGACGUUACUACCUGGCCAGCUCCGAGGCCAUGGCGGAUGGCAGGAGCCCGGAGACGCGACGAACAGCGGCGAGGAACCGACGGCCGCGGCUAAGCCUGCGCACGCUGGCGAGCUACAGAACUCUGCUGAUGCUUCUACUGCUCUACCUGUUUGGGGCACUGUUCUCAUUCGGCCCAAUGUCCAGCACACUGCUCAUCCUUACAGGAGGCUUUCUCUACGGACUCUUCAUUGCCUUGUUUGGAGAUAAACUCAAGUCCCAGUAGCAGGGGAAUUAAAUGGCUUUUUUUUGCCACUUGCCUUCAUGCUUGGCCACCUAUUGUGAUAAAUGUUCCUUUUUUAAUCUUGUAAAUAAAUGCAAGUGCCUUGCUGUUCGGAUGACGUUAUGCUAAAUAUAUUUUUAUCAGUUUUACUGAUUGACAGAUGUAAAGGAUUGUUUGAUAAAUUCUAACAAGAUAUUGACUGUUUUUCAUUUAACAAUGAAAGGAUGGUGGUGAUUAUCCUUUAAACUACAAGAUUUACAGUGUAAUACCCAAAUGUAUUUAUUCAUGCGAUGGCCAUAAACAAUUAAUUACUGGUAAUGUUGCAUAGUUUUAGAAAGGUCUGGAACUUACCUUUCUGGUAAAAAAAAAUUUUUUGUCAUAAAUUGCUGAGGUGUACUCACUUUUGAGGACACAAGCUCAAGGACAAAUAAUUUUAAAUUGUUUUUCCUGUUGGGCAAAUGGGGCUUGAAAUAACUAAAAUGCUUUAUACGCUGAACAAAAAUAUAAACGCAACAUGUGAAGUGUUGGUGUCAUGAUCUGAAAUAAAAGAUCCCAGAAAUGUU